AUGGCCUGGUCGCCGGCGACUGUGCCCAUCCUGCAGGAGGAGGACUCACCGGUGCCGCUGACGCCGGACCAGGGCUCGUGGAUUGUGUCCAUCAACUCGCUCACUGGCCUGGCGGCCAUCCUUACCACUGCCUACGCCGCUGAUGUCUUCGGGCGGAAAAUGCUGAUGCUGGUGGGCGCCGUGCCCGCUCUCAUUUGGUGGCUGAUGGUCGCCUUUGCCAGUUCCUAUGAAGUGCUGAUCACCGCCAGGGCCAUCGGGAGCUUAACUGGCGGUUUCAUCGGUGGCGCUACCACCAUGUUCGUUUGUGAGAUAGCUGACAUCGAGAUAAGGGGGACGCUCAUGGCGUUUCACGGUAUCUUCAUGUACGGUGGAAGUCUGCUCAUGUACUGUAUCGUGCCCUAUCUGCCCAUAUCCACUGUUGCCUUCAGCUGCAUGUCUAUUCCCGUUAUAUUUUUGGUCACGUUCGUAUGGAUGCCGAAGUCCCCGUAUUUCUAUCUCCUGCAGAACAGAGAAUCUGAAGCUGUAAAGUCUCUUGUGAGGUACAAAGGCGAGCUGACACCAGAGGAGCUCCAGUUCGAGCUAGAAACGAUGUACAAAGCUAUCCGCCAGAAGCAAGAAACCAAAGGGAAGUGGAAAGACACAUUUCUGCUAAGCAACAGUGUUGCAUCAGCGCCAAUUGGAUCCCUGCUCACAGGAGAGGUGUUCCACGUGUCCGUUAAGGCCAUCUGCCUGACGUUGUACAGCACAGUAACAGCUCUCUAUGGCUUUGUCCUGAAGAAGCUGUUCCAAGUGGUGUCGGACGGCCUGGGCGCUUAUUACUCCUUCUGGGCGUUCUCUUUCAUGUGCUUUGUCUGUGCAGUGUACAUGUACAAGCUGCUACCAGAAACAAGAGGAAAGACCUUUGCACAGAUCAACGACGAUAUGGAAUACAUCACAGGUGGACAUGUUGAUGACGACAACAAAGAUUCAGUGAAGACUGCUUCCGGAUGA